AUGUCGGGUGAGUCGUCGCCGUCCGUGCCUUUACCAUCCAUUCCGGCUCAUCCGCCGACGCAUGCGUGCAAACCUAAACGUCAAAGCUUGUCGCGCUUCUUGCAUCGCUCUCCGUAUGGUGAGCGACGGUCGCGUGCUGUUGCGCCCGCAGACGGUAAUCGUACGCAGUCUCUUGUCACGCGUAGGCGACGUGGCGCUGGUGGCAAUGAACUUACAGCAAGGAGGCAAAGCAGCGUCGUGCACGUGCGUACACUCCAACGUUUCCGUCUAGCAGUUGGGGACUUUAUGCGCCUGCUGAGUGUCGAACUCUUUUUCGUCAUGAUUGUUUUGUUCUACGGUGUGUUUGUCACAGUGCAGCUCACGAUGGCCGAUGAUGCAUUGGCGUCGUACAAACUUGCAAUUGACGUGACUGACGUCACAGUCGGCUCCAUAUUGCUUAUAGAAAUCUUUUUAAAAGUGUUUGCAUACGGUUUACACUUUUUAAGUGAUGUAUGGGCAUUAUUUGACGCACUUGUUAUUGUUGUAAGCUUUGUCUUGGGAGUUCUGGCAGCAAUGGGCACCACAUCGUCGAUUUUAGUCAAGAUUUUACGAUUACGCGUAAUCUUACGAAUACUUCGAGUUCUUGUCGUAUUUGAGCGUGUUAAACAGCGAUCGAAAUUUAUGAAUCUCAUGCACUUGAACAAAGGAGCGAUUACAUCACCAGUGGAGCAUGUGCUGCGAGUUUUGAAUGAAUUAAGGUUCCAUCCUGCUAUUCGACCGUCGUUGCGAGAUGGUUUGGAUUUUGCGAUUGACGUAAUUAAAAAUAAUCGGCUUUACGAUGCAAAUGCAGAAUUAUUAGCAGUAGAAGGUGUCGAUGACGAUACACAAAAUUGGUUGCGAGGUGAAAUUUUACGAGGAAAUGAUAUGAGCAAAGUAUUGCCUGAUACUUCAGCUGAAGAUGAGAUUAGUUCGAAUCGAAAACGUCGUCGCUCAUCUAUUGGAAGUUCGAGCUCCGAGGAGGAUGCAAUGGAUUCUCGUAGAAGCUCAGACGGGCGGGACGCCACCUCAAUGUCUUCCCAUCGACAUUCUCAUCAACGUUCCUUUUCUCACAGCAAUCGCGGGACGACAAUGCGAGACCUGUUGCCAGCAAUGGAUUCUCGAUCCAAUUUCGAACUGCAAAAUCUUUUACAAAGUGUUAGCUCCUGGGACUUUGAUGUCUUUCGAGUGCAAAUUGUCUCGGGUGGGAAUGCAUUGAGUUACAUUGGUCACCACCUCCUCCGUGACGCACCUUGCCAAGCUCUAAACAUUGAAAGCACUUUACUUGUCAACUUUCUGCUUGAGAUUCAAAGCGGAUAUAUCGCCUCAAAUCCGUAUCAUAAUGCUAUACAUGCAGCCGAUGUGAUGCAAACGGUGCACUAUUUCCUCAUUCAACCGGAAUUGCAGCCAUUUUUACGUCCACUCGAUCGUGCAAUCUCACUCAUUGCAGCCGGAGUACACGAUUUUAUGCAUGAUGGCUUUAACAAUGGCUUCCACAUUUCGACAGCAUCUGAAGUUGCUUUACGAUACAAUGACCAUGCCGUGCUUGAAAACUACCAUGUGGCUCAAUCUUUUUUAGUGAUGAAGAAUCCGGAGCGUAAUGUGUUAGGACAACUAUCGCCCGAGGAUUUCAAGUAUGCUCGGGAUAUGAUUAUCCAAAUGGUUUUGGCAACUGACAUGGCCAAACAUUUCGAAGAUGUUGCUUUAUUUAAGACAAAUAUCUUGUCUGCUGCGCUUGACGAAGGUGCUGUGUUGGUGAGGAAUGUUGGUGACAAGAAAUUGCUGCUCAAGAUGAUUCUUCACACAUGUGACGUGUCUAAUCCAGCGAAAGAGCGUGAAACGAUGUUGCGCUGGACUGACCGCGUUGUAGAAGAGUUUUUCGUGCAGGGUGAUAUGGAGAAACAACUUGGAUUACCAGUAUCGCCUUUUAUGGACCGAGAUACAAUUGUGAUUAAAAAAAUGCAGGUGGGGUUUGCUGACUUCAUUGUUUCGCCGCUUUUCAGUGUUUGGGCGCAAAUACUCGUUAAUUUGAAUACAGUGGGAUAUCGCACUUUGCUCGCGAAUCGUGAAUUUUGGGCCUCGCUAUCGGAUGAUUUUAAGCCACACAUGAUCAAGGACUUGAUUCGAGAUCUGCAAAAGCAGCGCGAGAAUAUAACGCAGGGCACGAUCCCAGAGGAACCAAUAUCGCCUCGAACACGCCGUCAUGUCUCUACUUUGCUGCUUGGGACUGACGAUGGAUGA